CGCGCGGCCACUUGGCGGGGCGCGCCUGCACUUGGGGACGCGGCUGGGGAGCCCCCCGGGUGCCGGCCAGGCAGCAGCGCGCGUGUGAGGGCGCAGCGCUCGGGGUCCGGCGAGGAGAGCGCGGCGGGCUGGGCUGGGCUGGGCGGCGGCGGCCGGCGCCUCGGGCACCUUCUUCCCGCCUCGCCGCUUCGCGGGCUGCACCGCCUCCCCGGGCCGCGGCUGCCCGGCCGGGUUUUCUGCGUGUUUUCGGGGCCGGGCAGCGGCGCACGAUGCGCCCGGCUGCGUUCUGAUCGCCGCCGCGCCUCCGCCUCCGCCGCGAUGAUCCCUCCCGAGCCACCGCAGCAGCCGCUGCAGCCGCCGCCGCCGGCCCCGCCGAACCAUGUGGUGAGCACCAUCGAGAACCUGCCGGCCGAGGGCAGCGGCGGCGGCAGCCUGUCCGCCUCUUCCCGGGCCAGCGUGCGCCAGAGGAUCCGCAAAGUGCUGAACAGGGAAAUGUUAAUAUCUGUGGCUCUGGGCCAGGUGUUGUCGCUCCUUAUUUGUGGAAUUGGCUUGACCAGCAAGUACCUGUCAGAAGAUUUCCAUGCCAAUACACCAGUCUUCCAGAGUUUCCUCAAUUACAUCCUCCUCUUCUUGGUCUAUACCACCACACUAGCUGUCAGACAAGGAGAAGAAAACCUGCUGGCAAUUUUACGACGAAGAUGGUGGAAGUAUAUGAUUCUGGGACUCAUAGACCUGGAAGCAAAUUACCUGGUAGUCAAGGCCUACCAGUACACCACCCUGACCAGUAUCCAGCUCCUGGACUGUUUUGUGAUCCCAGUGGUUAUUUUGCUCUCCUGGUUCUUCCUCCUGAUCCGGUACAAGGCUGUGCAUUUCAUCGGCAUCAUUGUCUGCAUCCUGGGGAUGGGCUGCAUGGCAGGAGCAGAUGUGCUUGUGGGAAGACAUCAAGGGGCAGGGGAAAAUAAGCUGGUAGGAGACCUACUAGUUUUAGGAGGAGCCACACUAUACGGCAUCUCCAACGUCUGGGAAGAAUAUAUCAUCCGGACUCUCAGUCGAGUGGAAUUUCUGGGAAUGAUUGGACUCUUCGGUGCAUUUUUCAGUGGGAUUCAAUUAGCUAUAAUGGAGCACAAGGAGCUGUUAAAAGUGCCCUGGGAUUGGCAAAUAGGAUUGCUCUAUGUAGGCUUUAGUGCCUGCAUGUUUGGUCUCUAUAGCCUCAUGCCAAUCGUCAUAAAGAAAACUAGUGCCACUUCAGUCAACCUCUCCCUGCUCACUGCCGAUUUAUACAGCCUGUUCUGCGGAUUGUUUCUUUUCCACUACAAGUUUUCAGGUCUUUAUCUACUGUCUUUCUUCACUAUCCUCAUCGGACUGGUGCUCUACUCCUCCACCUCCACAUACAUAGCCCAGGACCCCCGGGUUUAUAAGCAGUUUCGCAACCCUUCGGGGCCUGUUGUGGAUUUACCAACCACUGCUCAGGUGGAGCCUUCCGUCACCUAUACCAGCCUGGGUCAGGAGACCGAAGAGGAGCCCCACGUGCGUGUGGCCUAGGACAAGGCCCUCUCUGCCCCUUGAGGACGACUCAGUGGCCCUCUCUCUGUUCAUCCUCAUCUCUGUAUUGUACAUAGAGAAAGGUAUUUAUUAGGUGCAGUUUACGUAGGUGAACUGCAAGGUAGCAAAUUUGAAUGCCUGUAAAAGGCACAACUUUAAACAUCACUGGGAACGCUGCAGGCUUCCCCACCUCCCCUCACCUGACUUGGAGAGAUACCUAGAUAGUGUGGAUCCUAUCACAACCCCCUCCCCCACCUCUUGUCAAUUACUGUGAACUUUUUUUUUUAAUCAAAAGCAAGUAUCAUUAUGAUUUGUAUUGUUGUUGUUACCGUUCUUACACUGACUUCCAGGAGGGUGUUUUGCACUCCUGAUGGGCACUAUUGCCAGGUCUACAUAAAGUUCCCAUAACUCCCACUUUUCUACAGCAAGUUACUUUUUAAGAAGCACACUUUAUUUGACUUGCCCAGUCGAUUGGAGUGCUGCAUGCCCCCAGGAAUUCCACUCCUGAGAAGUUUCCUUCUUCUGGGAUCUCUAGGUGGCUAAUGUUUCCCUGUUUCCUGUUGGAUUGCUUGCUCAAUAAGUAUUCUGUGCUGUUAUCUUUGUGGGGAGGGGCAACAGGCCAUAUAAUUCUCUAUUCUAGGAAUAGAUAUAAAAUGAACAGUUUAGCCUUUUUAUAUUCCAGUCUCCAAUUACUCCAGGCCAUUGUCUUUUUGUUGUGCCAUGUGAUUCUGCUAAUUAAGUUCCUGUAAUGAUCAGAUAAAGACUGUUCCAUUUCUGUGGCUUAUGGAAAAAUGGCAGAAAUAAUACCAUUUGUGUUUAAAGGAAUACAUGACUUUAAAAUAUCUUGUCCCUCCCCAUACAUAGUCCCUCUUCAAAAAAAAUUUUUUUUUUUAAUUUUCUCUCCUGCUCAUAGAUUUCUUUAAUGAUAAAAUGGAAAUUAAUCAAGACAAUGGAGAAAAGUCAUGGUGCUUUACCCUUUUGUCAACUAUAGCAGCAUGGAGACUACCUGUAUUGUACAGCAGUAUCAUUGGCUCUGUAGCCUCCCCCCAAAAGUCAAGGUGCUUAUAUUGAGCUGUCUCUAACAAUUUAACUGACUUAGCCACCACCACA